AUGUAUGUAUUUCCCCUGCAGUCUCUGAUGCUGUCAGAGAGAGCAUGUGUUUACAGCAUGCUUAUCAACAUCAUGGAGACCAGAGAGGCGGAACUUAAGGGUUUGGGUGCCGACUUUGUCUUCGGUUUUGUGCAGUCCAUGGACGGGGAGCGAGAUCCUCGCAACCUCUUGUUGGCCUUUCAGAUUGCCAAAAACCUUAUUCACAGAGGCUACGAGCUCGGUAAAUUCACAGAGGAACUGUUUGAAGUGACGUCCUGCUAUUUCCCAAUCGACUUCUCCCCA